AUGGCAAGCGGCUAUUCGGAGUCCGAUUUUGGGGAGGACGAUGACAUCCUGGUCAUUGGUAUCGACUUUGGAACUACCUACUCCGGUGUAGCAUGGGCUAGCCAGGCUGAUUUUGAAAGUCAGCAUAUCAACUUGAUCACUUCAUGGCCAGGAUCAGGCCGUGAGGAGGGUAAGGCCCCUACCGAGUUGUACUAUGAGGAUGACAAGAUCAGCUGGGGAUUCGAAAUUGACAGUGAUAUCGACGCCAUCAAGUGGUUUAAGCUCCUUCUCUUGAAGGAGGAACACCUAUCCCCAGAGCUGCGAUCUUCCGAAUUUUUCUUGCGAGCACGAAAGAUGAUGCGAGAGAACGACAAGACCGCCAUCGACCUCAUCUCUGACUACCUACGAAUGAUCUGGAAUCAUACGCUUGAGACUAUCAACAAGGAUCGUGGAUCUGUUGUUGAGGCGCUCCAAUUUCAUGUUGUCAUCACUGUUCCUGCUAUUUGGAAAGACUAUGCAAGGCAGGAUAUGACAGAGGCAGCAAAGAAGGCAGGGAUCCUGGAUCGACGAAAUGCUGGUGAGACCAAAUUAACAUUUGCGCCGGAGCCGGAAGCAGCUGCGCUUUCCACUCUUUGCGAGCCCGGACGAGGGACGAAGCCUGGCGAGGUUUACCUCGUAUGCGAUGCAGGUGGCGGUACAGUUGUUGGUUCAGUCAACCCCAUUCUUAUGGAUGAAGCCGUUGAAGGAUCUGGGGGCCUCUGCGGUGGUAUCUUCAUCGACGAAGCUUUUGAAUAUAUGAUUAAAAACCGCCUAGGACGUCGAUGGGACCGGCUCAGUCGAGCUGGCAUCAAAGAACUCCUCAAGGGGGAGUGGGAGCUCUCAAUCAAACCACAGUUCAAACCAACAAAUUCUAGCAAGGAAUAUCUAGUUUCUGUUCCAGCAGAAGCGUUCGGCAAGGAAAAGAAGCUCACCGAUACAGCAAAGGAGCCCUACAUCAAGAAUGGUCGCAUCCACUUCAGCGAGUCUCACAUCAAGAAGGCGUUUAGUCAAGUUCUCGAUGACAUUGACAAGCUCAUUGACGCUCAAGGAAUCAUCCUUGUAGGAGGCUUGUGCUCCAGCCCAUAUCUUUACGAUCAUCUGAAAAAACGGCACGAACAAGCAGGUAUCAAGAUACUCCAGUCAACUGGAAUGAGGCCGCGCACAGCUAUCUGUCGGGGAGCUGUUUACAAAGGCUUCCAUGAUGGUGCCGCUUCAGGUAUCAAUGCUGAUGGAUCCCUUGACAAUAUACGCUUACCUAUUCGUGUCACCUCUACAAUAUCAAGAGCUAGCUAUGGUCACGAAUACUCAACGCCUUUCAUAGAGGGCCAGCACCUCGUGAAGGAUAAGAACUGGUGUGAGCUCGAGAAACGUUACAAAGCGCAUAACCAAAUGCAGUGGUAUUUAGUCAGAGGAGAGAAUGUAUCUACAAAGGAACCCAUCUCGCAAAGCUUCUACAGGCUCUACAACGGCCAGUUCAAUGGCGAAUGGGACAUAGAGCUCUUCCAGCGCGAGGAUGACCAACCCCCCUCUCGCAUUGAACAGAGCGUGAAGCGAUUCGCGACUAUCGAUUGCAAGACCAAUAAAACACUCUCUAAGCUGAGGGACUGUAAGAAUGCUAGCGGGGAGACUUUCAAGGCGCUAGACUUUGAGGUUAGAAUGGUUCCUUCCGGUGCGGCUGUAGAGUUUGGUGUCUUUAUUGAUGGGAAAAGGGUCGGUAAAUCUGAUGUUUCUAUUCACUCCAAGUAG